AUGCUUCAGCCCUAUACAAUGUGGAGUCCGUCUGCCAUCACUUUUGCGAAUGUGAAUUCAGUUGGAUCCAGCCCAUUUGAUAUUUUCGUUAAUACAAACAACACCAUCUACGUGGCCAAUCAAGCAAACAGCCGCGUUCUUGUGUGGACUCAAGGGAGUACUUGGCCGAUACGGUAUCUCUCGAGUAAUUUGUCGUCUCCAUACAGCCUUUUUGUCACAACUACUGGCGAGAUUUAUAUUGACAGCGCCAGUUCUACUGGUCGGAUCGAUAGAUGGACACCGAAGGCAUCAAGUGGUGUUCCGGACAUUCUUUACUGUUCGAUGCAGAGCAGUCAUCAGAUCGUAUCCAAGGCGUUAAAAACAAACUCGAAUGCAUUCGCAAUUGUUGUUGGCACAGGUUCAGCCGGAUACGCAGCAAAUAUGCUGAAUCAGCCUUGGGGAAUAUUUGUGGAUAUCAAUUUUGAUUUAUACGUAGCUGACUCUAAUAACAAUCGUAUACAGCUUUUCCGACCAGGACAACUUACCGGUAUUACAGUUGUUGGGAGCACAUCGAUCAAUCUUACUAUUUCACUUUCGUAUCCUACUGGAGUUGCCCUUGACUUCGAUGGUUACCUCUUUAUCGUCGAUAAAUACAAUCAUCGUAUCGUUGGAUCAGAUUCAAGUGGCUUUCGCUGCGUUGUUGGGUGUACCAAUACAGUGGGCUCAAACACAAAUCAGCUGUACUAUCCAACAUCGAUGAGUUUUGACAGUUAUGGAAACAUCUUCGUCACUGAUACUACUAACAGUCGUAUUCAAAAAUUUAUUCGCUUGAAUAAUAGUCGUGUUCCAUCAUAUAAUCAACCGAAAUUUUGUUCGGAUGCUUCGUGGAAUCCAAAUGCCACUACCUUUGCCAAUGCAACCAACGGUACCAUCGGACCAUCACCUUACGGUAUCUUCAUCACUAUCAACAAUACCAUCUAUGUUGCUGAUCGGUCGAAGUAUCGUGUACAAAUUUGGUCUAAUGGAAGUGCCACUCCAUCACAAUCCAUCUACGGUAGUUUGAUGAAUUCAAAUUCACUUUUUGUCACAACCAAUGGUGAUGUUUUCGUUGAUAAUGGAUACUACAAUGGUCGAGUAGAUAAACGAACAACAAUAGCAAAUACAAGUGUACCUGUCAUGUAUAUUAGUUCAUCAUGUUAUGGUUCAUUUGUUGAUCUUACUGAUGUUGUGUAUUGUUCAAUGAGCAAUUACCAUCAGGUGGUAAAAAGAUGGGUGAAUGACAAUUCUUCUACAGUGACGGUUGUUGCUGGUACAGGUUCUGCCUAUAAUAGCUCAUAUUACCUCAAUCGCCCAAUGGGAAUAUUUGUGGAUAUUAACUUUGAUCUAUAUGUAGCAGAUCAAUACAACCAUCGUAUUCAGCUCUUUCGAUCAGGACAACGGUAUGGCAUUACAGUUGCUGGGAGUGCAUCGCCUAAUCGCACUAUCUCACUCGCAUAUCCCAGUGGAGUUGUUCUCGAUGUUGAUGGUUACCUUUUUAUCGUAGAUAGCUACAAUCAUCGUAUUGUAGGAUCGAGUUCAAAUGGUUUCCGUUGUAUCGUUGGAUGUAGUGGUAUAGGCAACGCAUCAGAUCGGUUGCGAUAUCCAACAUCGAUGAGUUUUGAUAUCUAUGGGAACAUGUUCGUCGCCGAUACUAGUAACAACCGUAUUCAGAUAUUUAAUUUCUUCACGGAGUCAUGUGGUAAGUACACCAAGAUGAAAAGUUCAGAAGCAAUCAAGGAUUAG